CAAACAGUCGGAUCAAUACAUAGUAUUAACUUUUUUUUUUUUAACCUUAUUCAAACGAUUCAUUGUUUCUGUCCCUCACGCUGUCUGCGGGCGCAUAUAAAUGCUGCCGGUAACGCAGCUCCGCCUGCCAGAUGUUAGGUGUUUCUAAAAUGCGGGAUCACAUAUUAAUGUCCUGAUACUUGCGUAGGAGUCCACUUGGAAAGACUUGGGGAAUUCUGAUCUGUUAUUAUUUCUGAGAGAGAGAGAGAAAAAAACGAGUACCGAAGAGAGGCGCGGGGUGCUGAGCGCACAGUUCUGAGACAUCAGUAAAUAUGAAAGGAACAGCUGUCUGCGGGGCUGCAUUUGCCUUCUGCAUGGUGGCAGCGAUUUUGGGAAGCCCACAUCCUGAAUGUGACUACCUUACACAAUUUGAGAGGGAAAAAAGGAAAUGUGAGAAACAAAGCUUGGAAUAUGGCAAUCUAACAAAACAAGGUUGUAAUCAGACAUGGGAUACAAUUGUGUGCUGGCCAGAAGCUAAUACUGGAGAAACUGUCAGCAUUUCCUGUCCUUCUUAUCUUUCCCAUCUCCUGAAAAGUCAAGGAAUAAUCUACAGGAACUGUACUGUUAAUGGCUGGUCCAAUCCAUACCCACCAUACUAUGUCGCCUGUGUUGCAAAAGAUGAUAUUGCUGAUGAGGAAGGUUCUUACUUUGCCACGAUGAAGACAAUCUACUCUAUAGGAUAUGGCACGUCAAUUGUUUCACUCACAAUUGCUGUUGCCAUUUUGCUUACCUUUCGGAGACUUCAUUGUGCCCGCAAUUAUAUACAUGUCCAGCUUUUCAUAACCUUCAUCCUGAAGUCUGUGUCGGUAUUUAUUAAGGAUGCUAUCCUAUUUUCCAGUGAAGACACAGAUCAUUGUUCUUUUUCUACAGUGGCUUGCAAAGUAUCCAUGGUAUUCUGCAAUUAUUGUGUAAUGACAAAUUUCUUCUGGCUGCUUGUAGAAGCCCUAUAUUUAAAUUCACUUCUUCUGUCGUCAUUUCAUCAAGAUAGAAAGUUCUUCUGGUGGUUUGUGCUAUUGGGAUGGGGCUUUCCCAAAUUUUUUAUUGUGGUUUGGAUCAUAUCAAGGCUUUAUUUUGAAGACACUGACUGCUGGGAUAUUAAUGAGACUUCUGAAUACUGGUGGAUAAUAAAGGGUCCAAUUGUUACAUCUAUUGCAGUAAAUUUUAUACUCUUUUUAAACAUCAUUAGAAUUCUAAUACAGAAGCUAGAUCCUCGACUUAUUCAGUUCAACAAUUCAUCCCAGUACAGGCGUCUGGCAAAGUCAACACUGCUUCUGAUUCCCUUAUUUGGAACACACUACAUGGUCUUUAAUUUCCUACCACAGCAUGUGAGUGAAAGUGCAAGGUUGUUCAUGGAACUUUGUCUGGGAUCCUUUCAGGGUUUCUUAGUGGCUGUUCUGUACUGCUUUCUCAAUCAAGAAGUCCAAUCAGAAAUCCAACGUAAAUGGAUUGGAUGGCAAGUCAACAGUUAUGGAAUUGUACCAGUGGUGGCCAAAGACAGCCAAGCUGACACACCUUUUUGACCCUAAAAAGCUAUUAUGUUUUCAUUAAUACCUUUGUAUCAUUCUCCAUUUUAUUCCAUUGUUUGUUUCACUGUUCUCACAGACUUUUUUUUUUGAUCUAAUAUAAAGUGGGUGGAAUCAGUAUGACAAGUUAGUAGUGAUUUAUUAUUUUUUCUGAAAAGAAUGCUUCUUGAAUAUUCCUGUUAAGCCUAAUGCUAAAGGAAGCCACAUAGACUAAAUCUAUAUGAAAUCACAAUUAUCGUUUCAUAGACAAACCUCAUGCACGCCAUAAUCUUGAAGAGUGUCAAUGUGAUGAUUUCAUGUGAAUAGCAACAGUAAAAAUCACAGGGACGCCCAUGCCUAGACACUGAAAAGUGUCGUUGGCCAUAAAACCAAAAUGAUUAUAAUUAUAUUUCAAAAGUUUAUUAGAUUAAUUAAUGGCAACUAAAAUAUAGUUCUAAACCUGGUCACAAGAGUUUAUAGAAAAUCCUGUAUUACUAUGAAUAUUUCAUUUUAUGAGUAACUAGCAAUAGGAGCAGUUAACUAGGGGCAUAUAGUACAUAAGAUUGUCACUACAAUAAGAUAACAGAAUGGCCACAAAGAAGGCUAACAUACUGUGGAAAAUUAAGUGUGUCUACUUAAUGUGCAUUAUUAUUGUGACUCUGUAUGGUAUGAAACAUAAAAAGCACUAACCUGGCAAUAUUCAGCUGCAAUUGUGAGGUCGACCUCACAAAGGCUUUUUUCACCUGCCUUGCUAUAUACG